AUGUUGGACAAUUUCUCAAAUAUUAAGAAUGCAAAAUUGUCCGAUCGUGACGGAAUCGAGAAUGAAGAAGCAGCAGAUGCUGGUUAUGACAUCGAUGGUUACUGUGAAAUUUCACUCGGAAAUAUCGUUGCGAUGGAAACGACUCGCCACGAAGGCAAUACGAUCACAGAAGCAAUGAGAGUCGACGACGGUCCGAAGAUGCCCUGGGUCGUUGGUCCGAAUGCACUAGGAAACGUAGCUCAGAAAGCCGCCACUACGCCUGGACUUGCUACAGCAGCAAGAAAAGCAAUAGAGUGA